AUGUGGGCAUUCCAACUGGAUGAAAUCGACCAGCAAAUAGCAGAUAUCGAUGCUUGCGAUACCGUUACCUCUCAGGACGUCUCGGUGUCCAUCGGACCGUUUAGUGUUUUCUAUGCAGGGUUGGCUACUCUGAAAGGAUCCCAAGCACCUGGUCUUGACAGAAGUUGCACCCCUCAACUGGAGUUGAAUAUCCGAGCCCAAUCGGACGAUCCUUCCCGGUACCAUGAUUCCUCCAGACACGAUUUGACAGAAACAGAAGCACUACAGGACAUGCAAUCCCCACGUGGUGUCAACAACCAGCUUCAAGUGUCUUCACCGAGAAGGGAAGCCUCCCCCUUGGUAUAUGGACUUAAUCAGAGUCUCUUCCGGGAUCCUAUUAUUCAUCGACUCAUGGACAACUACAUCCGCACCGUUGCCUAUCUCCUUCCGCCGUUGCCACAUCCCGAGAACCCAUACGCCUCGAUAUAUGUGCCUAAAGCCAUGUAUGGCGCUUCGAACCUGCUAUUGGGAAUCGGCUACUCUGCCUCUGAGGUACCAUCGAGCAACGUUGCUAUAUUUUAUGCUCUUCUGGCAACGUCGGCGUUUCACUUGCGGGGUUCUGAAGCACACGGUGCAUCGAAAUUCGACCUUAUAGCGCGCCGUUUCCGGGCAAAAGCCUUCGCCUCUCUGCAGAAAGCUCUUCAAGAGCCGCUCAAAGGUGGUGAAGAGGAAGAGCAGUCCAGCUCCUCCUCAACCUCCCUUCCCCAAGGCGAAGCCGUCAUUUCAGCAAUGCUGACACUGAUUACCACUGAUGUCAUGGAAGGGUCUAUGAGUGAAUACUGGAUUCAUCUCCAUGGGGUCAAUCACCUUGCCCGGCAACUGCGCGGCCAAGUGGAAGAGUCGUCGCAAAUUGACCGGUUGAUUGCGAUUUCUUCAUUCCUUGCCACUCUGGCAAACACCACUUCAAUCGAUCUCCCACCAAUUCCUUGGUCGGAUGACGACCUCGUCGUGCCCGACUUGAGCUACUCAAAUUCACUCGUCACGGAUGGGCUGGAGUUUGCGUAUGGCAUCACACCGACCCUAGCCAACCUGAUGCGGCGGGUCGUUGUUCUCUCACAGCACAUCUCCUAUUACGUCUCGAAUUCACUCAAGCUGCCUCCACGGUUGAUUGCGGCGUGUAUGAACUUCUCGAUGGCGCUCUUCCAAUGGUCGAUUGAUUCCGAACCGCUCUCCAACCUCCUCUGCGGCACAGACGCGGACGUUGAUGUCGCCUUGCUACUAGCUAAGAAUCAUAUUCUGGCCUUUGCCCAUGGCCUCCGAGUCUAUUUCCACACUCGCAUCCUCCCAUGCGCACCGUCCGAUAUGCAGCAUUAUGUCGAGCGCGUGGCAAGCCAUGUGAUGACCAUUGAAGACAUCAAGGCCCGGGCGGGCUACGACUUCAACAUUGCCGCCACCAUCACGUGGCCAGGCUUUAUUGCGUCUUGUGAGGCUGAAAGAGGCCGCCCACGCGAAGUCUGGUACCGCUGGUGGAAUGGCAUGGUAAGGUAUCGGAUCGGCAAUAUUGCCCAUCUGUGGAUGAUUGUGCAAGAGGCUUGGAGAUUGAAGGAUGAGGAGGGGUCGACCGAGGUUCCUGCUUGGAUGCCCGUCCUCCGACGCAGCGGAAAGCGGAUCCUUGCCGUGUGA